AUGGACAUUUGGCUUGCCUCCAAGGACCAUCUGCUUCACACGGCCCCUGCCAGUCUUAACAACAUGCAUCUUAGUCCUUAUACUGGCGACACCUCUAUCUUCGGCGAGGUACAAGUUUGGUCCUUUGGCCUCGCCAAAACAGUGGUAGAUUCCAACAUUACUAAUGAACUGAUACGAACCCUGGGCUCGAGGAGUACGGACCAGUGUACAAGAUCCCGCCACGCCUUGGGAAAAUAUAGGCUCAUGCUAUGGGACCCAAAAGCCAAUCUCUCACUUCUAUGCCAGGACACAUCGUUAUAUCACCAUACUCCGUUUAACAAGAUCAUCCUUCCAAUUGCAAUAGGGAGAGGAGUGAUGGGGGCUGAUGGUGAAAGUCACAGAAGAAUCAACCCUACUUUUAACGCAGCUGCUGUUCGCAGCUUGACUUCUAUCUUCCAAGAUGUCGCCCACAAGGAUGAAUCACAUCUCACUCGACAUGCAGGCAUAGGCAUUCUGUCCCAUGACUUCGGCGCACUCGAUGGAAAUGGCUCCGACGUCGAGCACGUCCUGAAUGCGUUUAGCGCAUCCGUCGACCCUUCCAACAGCUUGUUUAUCCUCGGACAAACAUUUCCUUCCAUCAUGAGCUACCGUGGCCUCGCACAAAUGAAAGCGGAAGAAUCUGGUGAGACCGUAGGACUGACUCAGCAAGAGGUACUAGACGAGGUAUACAAAUCAUCGAGUUCUUCUGAACGAUACGGCACUAAUCACCAUCUCCGUCAGGCACGGAUUCUACUUCUUGGCGCCUUUGAGACCACGGCAGUCAGCCUUACAUGGGCUUUUAUAGAACUCGGGCGGAAUCCAGACAUCCAAACGAAGUUUCGUGACGAGUGUCUAGGGUUCGGGUCAACCCCCUCGUACGACGACCUCACGAAUAAGCUUCCCUACUUGAACGCUGUGGUGAAUGAAGUUCUUCGCCUCCACUCACCAGUUGUAGAAGUCCCUCGAGCGGUUACGGAAGAUGAUGUCAUCCCGCUCGGCGAGCCCCUGCUCACAGCUGACGGUAAAUUGACCGACCAUAUAUGCAUUGCGAAAGGGACAGAGGUCGUGAUCCCGCUGGCCGCACUCAAUCGCUCGGUUAGCAUGUGGGGGCCUGACGCAAAGGUGUUCAAACCUUCCCGAUGGCUCAAAGAGGACGAAGGUACGCAUGGGGCUGGAGAUGUUCCGCAUGGCUAUCGUCAUCUGAUGACCUUCGGCAAUGGCUCGCGGAUGUGCCCGGGGAGGCUGUUUGCGUUGACACAGUUCAAGACUGUGCUGUUCAUCCUUGUGCGACACUUCGUGUUUGAGAUGGCAGAUGGGGCUGAUGUGCAGAUCGUGAAGAGUUUAGGGCUUUUACCAAGACCGAGCGUGGUUGGAAGCACUGAGGUUGGAUGUAGUGUACCCCUCCGGGUGCGCCGCUAUGAGCCAAUGGCGAAUGCAAUGCCGGAAGGGAUCCAAUUUGUAUAUGGGUGGUUGCGUUGUACAGCCAUAUAUCAGACGCCUGCGAUGACUGAGGCGCUACUCUUAAGGUGGGAGUAA